CAACGGGUGAUGUAAACAUGUCGUUCGUCAAGUUGAAUUACAUACUUUUGUUUUGGUGCGCGUUUGUCGUAACAACAUUGGCAUCCGAAUCCGACAAUGGGGACUUGGACAACAAAGUCAACGCGUUCAUCGACCACCUGCGCAAUGAAGACAACCAAGUCUAUAACUAUAAAAAUCCAAAAGUUCUUAACCUCCAGCAAAUGAAUGAUAUUGCGGAAUUGACAUUGGACGUUGAAGCUGAAUGCCUUAAUGUUAUCCCAGAUUUGCCCUGUCAGGACACAUCACUUUUAUGUACAGGUUACAUAGUUAGGGAUGAUUCUUCCCGGGGAUUCACCGUUAGGACCGUCGAUUGCAGACAUAAGCCACAAAUAGUUGUGGACUCGCCUGAGGUCAUGUCAUAUGAACCAUCACCACCAACAAGUCAAGUGGAAGAAAAUAAUGGUGUCAAAAAGAUUGAAUUAAGUCACGAGACCGUCUCGUCUGCCGAAGUCGAAGAACCUUUUGUGGCCGUUAAAAAAAAUCGCUGUUGCGGUUUCGCCACGGACGUAGAUCCUAGCGUGGAGGGUGUCGACGUCCUAGUCGAUACCGCCCUCAGACAAGUCGAAGCCGACAAAAACAGACGACAUUCGCUGGUGAAAAUUUUGAGGCUCCAGAAACAGGUGGUUGCCGGCAUCAAAUACAUCCUUUUGUUGGAAAUUGCACCGACAACGUGCGAAGGAAACGUCGAUUUAUCAACUUCUUGUCCCAUCGACGAGUCGGCCGAACACUUGACCUGCGAAAUUGAAUUCAUCGAGAAAGUGUGGAUCAAUAAAGACAAACAUAUCAUCGCCAACAAUUGCACGAAAAUCCAACAUUUUGACGAGCCCCAAAGUCUGGUUGGUUCCAGAAAUGACAUCGACAACGAAGUAAGCGGUUACACCGCGCCCGGACCCAAGGAUAAGCCAAAACCCGAGACGAGUUAUGAGGAUCGUCUGAGAGAUUUAGAAUCUCAAAUUCUCCCAGACCAAGUCAUGCAGGAAACUACACAACCCCAACCACCAAAAGACAAUACCAUCUCAAAGGACCCUCCCAAAUUACAGUCUCAAGACGCCGAAUUACAAUAUAUUGAAGAUCUGAUCGAACCAGUACAAUUGGCUACCAACACUGCACCUAUGGAAGCUCAAGACGUUUCUCUGAAAAAAAAUGUAGAUCCAGUUGGUCUGGAACCACCAAAAUACGAUGCCCCUGCUCAGCACUCCUUUUACGAAGCUCCAACCUUUAAUAAUGAGGGUUACAAUAAUUUUAAUCCUAAUAUGGAAUUUGAGCCCACAAUGCAGCAAUAUUAUCCUCAUUUAAAUGCGUUGCCACCAACAGAUUCCCGAAUAAAAGUUCCUGCAGUAAGGCAUCAGCCAAAACCCCAGACGAGUAAUUAUGGAGGCAAUCCGCUAGAUUUGGAAUCGCAAAUCGUCACCGAUCAAAUGGUCCAAGAAACUGCACAACCACAACCAUCGCAAACCGUUCCUAAAGUUUCACCCAAUUCACGAGGCCCUGAACCACCGAAAUAUAUUAUUCCGCCAGACUACCACACGUCAGCCAUUUUGGAAUCUUUCCGUCACCCUCUCAUAUAUUCAGUUUCUGGCGUUAGAUUUAAUAACGAAGACUUCCCAAUUUUUGAGCCCAGCACUGAUUCUGAGGUGCCCACACUGCAGAAACAUUAUCAUGAUUUACAUUCGUUUGACUCUGCCGUACCGUUUUUGGAUCAGCACUCAACAACAACGGAAUCCCGAGUAAACCAACCUGUUCCAAGUCAUAAGCUUUCCUCGACAUUUGGCGAAGAUAUUCUGGCAGAUUAUUUUGAUAUUUUUCCAGAAGAAUGGACCAACGAAGGUCCAGAUAAUCCAUUCAAUCAUGAUUUGAAUACUGACAUAACCGAUUUCCUUGGUGAUGAUCCUGUGCUACAAAAUUCAGGUUCAAAUAUUAAAUCACCACCAACAGAGAGUUCUACCGAUGUUAAUACAGAACCAACAAAAAUUCCAGAAAUCAAAGACACCAAGUUGAAUUCUAAAAAUAAUAAAAAUGAAAAUGAACAAAGUAAGGAUAGUAAAUCGUCAGAAGAAAAUUCCAGUGAAGAAAAUGAGGAUCACUCCGGAGAACGACACAGUGAUGAAACUAUGCAGAAGAGAGAUACCGCAAACAACGACGCUUCUAGUAGCAGCAGCAGUGGCAGCAGUAGUGAAGAAGAUAAUAAUGACAACCAUGAGAAGCCUGAGAAACAUCACCAUAAACACAGUCAUGCCGCCAGAAUUCAGGAGGAACCUAAAGAUAAUGUUAAUGAUGAUGAUGACUCUAGUAGCAGCAGCAGUAGUGACGAGGAAAACGGAAAUCAUAAAUCAAAAAGGAAUAAACGCUCGUUAGGACAGAUGGAGAAAAUUUCACAGCACGAAAAACCUUUAGUAAGAGAUCUUGCCGAUUUUGUAGCUGCUACGUUGGACCAUAAAGAUGACGAUAAUCACAGAAAUUUAGUAUUACAAAUUUUGGGAGCCAAGAAAUUGAAACUGGAAGGCGUCUACUAUUCAUUAAUUCUUAGACUAGGAAUCUCUCGUUGUCUAGAAGAUAAGUAUGGCAGUUAUGAGGAAUGCAGAGAAAAACUAUUUGAAAAUCAAACAAAGAUUUGUAAGGUUCAAGUGCAUGUAGACGAAGAUUACAGUAAUCCUAAAAUAGUUAAAUCCCAAUGUCAGAAUAUUAAAAAAGACGAAUUUGACAGAAAUCGUACAAAUUACAGUAGAUACCGUCGAGGCUUACGUGGUGCUCCAAAGAAAGUCCCCAAUGAUGACAAAAAUGCUUUAAAAUUUUUGCAUAUAGGUUUAAACCAUCUUGACUCUUCCUCAGGUGAUUCUACUAAAUUAAAAGUGAAAGAAAUUUUGGAAGUAACAUCACAAGUUGUGUCUGGAACUCUUUGGAAAAUAAAAGCCAAAAUUGUUCUUUCUAAUUGUGAUAAAAGCGAUACAAAAAAUAUUGAGGAAUGUGAUGAGUUACCAGGUGCUGAUCCCAAAGUGUGCCAAUUCAGUGCUUGGGAACAGCCGUGGUUGAAUAACGGUCCGGAGAUCACAAUUUCAUGUGACAAUGAUGCUAAAAUUCAUAAGUUCAGAGCUAAACGUCAAGUUUUAGGAGGCGAAACUGAACAACCUGUGGAUAGCACUCAAGCUUUAGAAUAUUUGAAAACAGGACUGGCACAUUUAGAUUCUUCUUCAGGCGACGCCACAAAAUUGAAAGUGAAAAAAGUUCUUAAAGUGACAUCGCAAGUUGUGUCUGGAAUAGUUUGGAAAAUAAAAGCAGAAGUAAUCCUUUCUGAUUGCCAGAAGAGUGAUAGUAAAGAUAUUGAAAAAUGUGGAGAGUUAAAUGGUGCUUCCUCUAAAGUGUGCAACUUUAAAGUUUGGGAACAAGCAUGGAAGAAAAAUGGACAAGAAAUUGAAAUCCAAUGUGAAAAUGAGGCUAAAACUCACAAAUUUAGAGCAAAACGUCAAGUUCCAGGAGGCCAAACUGAACAACCUGUAGAUAGCACUAAAGCUUUAGAAUAUUUGAAAACGGGACUGGCACAUUUAGAUUCUUCUUCAGGCGAUGCAACAAAAUUAAAAGUAAAAAAAGUGCUCAAAGUGACGUCGCAAGUUGUCUCCGGAUCUCUGUGGAGAAUUAAAGCAGAAAUUAUUCUUUCUGACUGCGAAAAAAGUGACAACAAAGAUAUCCAACAAUGUGGGGAAUUAAGUGGCGCCUCUUCCAAAGUAUGCGACUUUAAAAUAUGGGAUCAACCAUGGCUGAAAGAAGGAAAACAAAUUGAAAUCCAGUGUGAAAAUGACGCAAAAACACAUAAAUUUAGAUCUAGACGACAAGUUUUAGGAGGCGAAACUGAACAACCUGUGGACAACACUGAAGCUUUAGAAUAUUUGAAAACAGGACUGGCACAUUUAGAUUCUUCUUCAGGCGACGCAACAAAAUUGAAAGUGAAAAAAGUUCUUAAAGUGACAUCGCAAGUUGUGUCUGGAAUAGUUUGGAAAAUAAAAGCAGAAGUAAUCCUUUCUGAUUGCCAGAAGAGUGAUAGUAAAGAUAUUGAAAAAUGUGGAGAGUUAAAUGGUGCUUCCUCUAAAGUGUGCAACUUUAAAGUUUGGGAACAAGCAUGGAAGAAAAAUGGACAAGAAAUUGAAAUCCAAUGUGAAAAUGAGGCUAAAACUCACAAAUUUAGAGCAAAACGUCAAGUUCCAGGAGGCCAAACUGAACAACCUGUAGAUAGCACUAAAGCUUUAGAAUAUUUGAAAACGGGACUGGCACAUUUAGAUUCUUCUUCAGGCGAUGCAACAAAAUUAAAAGUAAAAAAAGUGCUCAAAGUGACGUCGCAAGUUGUCUCCGGAUCUCUGUGGAGAAUUAAAGCAGAAAUUAUUCUUUCUGACUGCGAAAAAAGUGACAACAAAGAUAUCCAACAAUGUGGGGAAUUAAGUGGCGCCUCUUCCAAAGUAUGCGACUUUAAAAUAUGGGAUCAACCAUGGCUGAAAGAAGGAAAACAAAUUGAAAUCCAGUGUGAAAAUGACGCAAAAACACAUAAAUUUAGAUCUAGACGACAAGUUUUAGGAGGCGAAACUGAACAACCUGUGGACAACACUGAAGCUUUAGAAUAUUUGAAAACAGGACUGGCACAUUUAGAUUCUUCUUCAGGCGACGCAACAAAAUUGAAAGUGAAAAAAGUUCUUAAAGUGACAUCGCAAGUUGUGUCUGGAAUAGUUUGGAAAAUAAAAGCAGAAGUAAUCCUUUCUGAUUGCCAGAAGAGUGAUAGUAAAGAUAUUGAAAAAUGUGGAGAGUUAAAUGGUGCUUCCUCUAAAGUGUGCAACUUUAAAGUUUGGGAACAAGCAUGGAAGAAAAAUGGACAAGAAAUUGAAAUCCAAUGUGAAAAUGAGGCUAAAACUCACAAAUUUAGAGCAAAACGUCAAGUUCCAGGAGGCCAAACUGAACAACCUGUAGAUAGCACUAAAGCUUUAGAAUAUUUGAAAACGGGACUGGCACAUUUAGAUUCUUCUUCAGGCGAUGCAACAAAAUUAAAAGUAAAAAAAGUGCUCAAAGUGACGUCGCAAGUUGUCUCCGGAUCUCUGUGGAGAGUUAAAGCAGAAAUUAUUCUUUCUGACUGUGAAAAAAGUGACAACAAAGAUAUCCAACAAUGUGGGGAAUUAAGUGGCGCCUCUUCCAAAGUAUGCGACUUUAAAAUAUGGGAUCAACCAUGGCUGAAAGAAGGAAAACAAAUUGAAAUCCAGUGUGAAAAUGACGCAAAAACACAUAAAUUUAGAUCUAGACGACAAGUUUUAGGAGGCGAAACUGAACAACCUGUGGACAACACUCAAGCUUUAGAAUAUUUGAAAACAGGAUUAGCCCACUUAGAUUCUUCUUCAGGCGACGCCACAAAAUUGAAAGUGAAAAAAGUUCUUAAAGUGACAUCGCAAGUUGUGUCCGGAUCUCUGUGGAGAAUUAAAGCAGAAGUUAUUCUCUCUGACUGUGAAAAGAGUGACAGCAAAGAUAUUCAACAAUGUGGGGAAUUAAGUGGCGCCUCUUCCAAAGUAUGCGACUUUAAAAUAUGGGAUCAACCAUGGCUGAAAGAGGGAAAACAAAUUGAAAUCCAGUGUGAAAAUGACGCAGAAACACAUAAAUUUAGAUCUAGGCGACAAGUUCUAGUAGGGGGCGAAACUGAACAAUCUGUGGACAACACUGAAGCUUUAGAAUAUUUGAAAACAGGAUUGGCUCAUUUAGAUUCUUCUUCAGGCGACGCAACAAAAUUGAAAGUGAAAAAAGUUCUUAAAGUGACAUCGCAAGUUGUGUCCGGAUCACUUUGGAGAAUAAAAGCUGAAGUAAUUUUAUCUGACUGUGAAAAAAGUGACAGCAAAGAUAUCCAACAAUGUGGAGAAUUAAGUGGCGCCUCUUCCAAAAUAUGCGACUUUAAAAUAUGGGAUCAACCAUGGCUGAAAGAGGGAAAACAAAUUGAAAUCCAGUGUGAAAAUGACGCAGAAACACAUAAAUUUAGAUCUAGGCGACAAGUUCUAGUAGGGGGCGAAACUGAACAAUCUGUGGACAACACUGAAGCUUUAGAAUAUUUGAAAACAGGAUUGGCUCAUUUAGAUUCUUCUUCAGGCGACGCAACAAAAUUGAAAGUGAAAAAAGUUCUUAAAGUGACAUCGCAAGUUGUGUCCGGAUCUCUGUGGAGAAUUAAAGCAGAAGUUAUUCUCUCUGACUGUGAAAAGAGUGACAGCAAAGAUAUUCAACAAUGUGGGGAAUUAAGUGGAGCCUCUUCCAAAGUAUGCGACUUUAAAAUAUGGGAUCAACCAUGGCUGAAAGAGGGAAAACAAAUUGAAAUCCAGUGUGAAAAUGACGCACAAACACAUAAAUUUAGAUCUAGGCGACAAGUUUUAGGAGGUGAAACUGAACAACCUGUGGACAACACUCAAGCUUUAGAAUAUUUGAAAACAGGAUUGGCCCAUUUAGAUUCUUCUUCAGGAGACGCAACAAAACUGAAAGUGAAGAAAGUUUUUAAAGUGACAUCGCAAGUUGUGUCCGGAUCACUUUGGAGAAUAAAAGCUGAAGUAAUUCUCUCUGACUGUGAAAAGAGUGACAGCAAAGACAUCCAACAAUGUGGGGAAUUAAGUGGCGCUUCUUCUAAAGUAUGUGACUUUAAAAUAUGGGAUCAACCAUGGCUGAAAGAGGGAAAACAAAUUGAAAUUCAAUGUGAAAAUGACGCUAAAACACAUAAAUUUAGAAGCAAGCGGCAAACAUUGGGCGGACAAAUAGAGCAACCUUUAGACAACCCCAAAGCCAUAAAUUACGUCCUAGAUGGCCUCCUUCAUUUGGACAGUAUGUCAAAUCAUCAAAACAAGUACCGUAUUCAAGAAAUCCUAUCGGUGACCAAACAAAUAGUGUCUGGUCAAUUAUGGCGCAUACGCGCACGUGUUGUCCUUUCUGAUUGCGCCAAGGAUGAGUCACGGGAGUCUCAAGACUGCGGUCAGUUGGAGGGUGCCGAGAGCAACAUAUGCGAAUUUCAGAUUUGGGACCAACCGUGGCUUCCACAUGGGAGAAACACCGAAAUCAAGUGCGACAAUGAUGAGAAGACACACCAAUAUAGGAGCAGAAGAUCUUUGGAGACCACAGACGACUUAAAUGUACCCAACGGGGAAAUUAAAAAAUAUUUGAAACGAGCUUUGGAUUAUUUAGAUACCACUUUAGAUUUCGAUAACUCGUAUGUUCUAGACAAAAUCUACAAAAUUAAAUGGCAACCUUAUGAUAACACUUGGUACAUUAAAGCGUCCAUUGGAUUGUCAGAUGGAACAUCUGCUGAAAUUAUUGAUGGAGAAACGACAAUGUGUAUCUUCAGGGUGCAGUUAAUGGAUCGUGCGGGACACAAAACUAAAACUAACAUCACUUGCGAAAAUGAUGCCGUUCAUUAUGUAGAGCAUACUGUGCCCAAACUUGACAAUCAUGAAGUAGAGUCAAAGUUUUUGAAGUUUUCCGCCCAAUACAACAAACUUUAUGCCAACAGGGUCGAAUAUAUGCACCGUCUAAAUGUAUUUAAGGCCAACUUGAAAAUAAUUGAAAAGCUGAACCGUUACGAGCAAGGUACCGCCACUUAUGGUAUUACUAAAUUUGCUGACAUGACACCAGAAGAGUUUUCGCGCUCCCAUGGUCUCAGACACGACUUGCGAUCCGAAAACAAUGUACCGUGGCCUAAAGCCAUAAUACCAGACGUCAAACUGCCUGUUGAAUUUGAUUGGCGAACAAAAGGAGCAGUGACUGAAGUAAAGGACCAAGGACAAUGUGGCAGCUGUUGGGCUUUUAGCACCACCGGUAAUGUCGAAGGACAGUACGCGAUUAAAAACGGAAAACUGUUGGAGUUUUCCGAGCAGGAACUGGUAGAUUGUGACACAAUGGACGAUGGUUGCAGUGGUGGAUUAAUGGACAACGCCUACAGAAUGAUUGAAAAACUUGGUGGUCUCGAGCUAGAGCAAGACUAUCCCUACGAUGCAGAAGACGAGAAAUGCCACUUUUCUAAGGCUAAGGCACGUGUUCAACUAAGUGGUGCCCUCAACAUCAGUCACGACGAGACUGAUAUGGCCAAGUGGCUGGUUAAGAACGGCCCAAUAUCCAUUGCUAUUAAUGCAAAUGCCAUGCAAUUUUACGUUGGUGGCGUAUCGCAUCCGUGGAAAAUGCUGUGCAAUCCCAAAAAUUUGGACCAUGGAGUUUUGAUUGUUGGAUACGGAGUACACAAAUAUUCUCUGUUCAACAAAACUUUGCCAUACUGGAUUGUGAAAAAUUCCUGGGGACCAUCUUGGGGUGAACAAGGAUACUACAGGGUCUAUAGGGGAGAUGGUACUUGCGGCUUAAAUCAAACUCCUUCUAGUGCAAUAGUCGCAUAAAUAAAAUAAAAAUAUCUUAAAUUUAAAAUCGAAUUACAAAGUAACUUGACUUUAGGUUAUUUUUAUACUAAACUUUAAGAAACUUAUUUUUUUAUUAUUAGGAUUGUGAUAUUUUAUUGUGACACCCCGUUUUGUUGGUUGCAAUGACCGACUCAGAUGCUUAUAUUUUCUGUAGUUUUAUAAUAGUUAUAUGUUAAUUUAAAGUUGACGGAAUCUACUUAUUUUAUUAAUAUUGUACACGUAAGUUAGAUUAACAUAUAUGUAAGAAAACCAAUAUCAUCAAAAUAAAGUUUAUGAUUCAUU